AUUUAGCGAGGAAGGAAGGGAGGAAGCCCCACCCCACGGCACACCUCUCGAGCCCCUCGACCUCCUCCACCCGCACCACCACCCCGUUCGCGUCCCGCCCUUCCACCGCCGCAUUGCUCUCGCCGCCGCCCAACCCCUCCGCGAGAGGCAAGGUCGACGGCCGGACAGAGGUCGUUGGCGUUCGCGGACCCGGACCCGGAUCGGAUUAGGAGGAAGAGAAGGCGGGGGCAGGUGCGGCGCGGCGGCAUGUGCGAUCUGGUGGCUCGCACGGGCCGUCUUCAGCAGCGGUACGAGGACGGCCGUCGCCUUGUCGCCGGGUGCAUACCAUUCAGAUAUAGAGAUAAUAAUGACGAAACUUCUGGCGGCGAGCAGAAGAGGCUUGUUGAAGUUCUCAUGAUCAACUCCCAGAGUGGACCAGGUCUCCUGUUUCCAAAGGGAGGAUGGGAGAAUGAUGAAACCGUUGAAGAAGCAGCUGCUCGGGAAGCUAUUGAAGAAGCUGGAGUUCGAGGCGAUUUAGUGCAAUUCUUGGGCUUCUACAAUUUCAAGAGCAAGUCACAUCAAGACGAGUUCUGCCCUGAAGGCAUGUGCAGAGCUGCGAUUUUUGCACUGCAUGUGAAGGAAGAGCUUGCCUCUUGGCCCGAACAGAGUAUCCGCCAGAGGAGCUGGCUCACUGUUCCUGAGGCGGCGGAGCGGAGCCGGUACCCAUGGGUGCAAGAAGCCCUUGUCACGGGGUUCUCUGCUUGGCAUGACAAGUGGAGCGAAGCUGGCUCCGCUCCGGAUCCAAGUUCAAGAUGACCGCAGUCCCAAGCAGCAGUGGCCAGGGCCAAAUUCCAAACAUGCCAUAUAUGUGCUCGCUGGUGCUCAGUGUUUCGACUACCUCUCCUUUCUGGAUGUACAAUCUUAGCCUUAUUAGUGCUGUCGAUUGCUCAAUCCGAGAAUUGUUGGAAUUGUAAGUGUUGAUUCUCGUGGUUGCUGUCUGGACUUCACUAUUUAUGCGUCGGAAGUAUAAUUUUACCGGUCGAUGUGGAGGCGCACGUGUACACAACAGAUGCUUUGUGUGUUGCCUGAAAUCAAAGAAAGUUUUUCUGGCUAA